UGUUUAGGCAAUUUUAAACGUUAGGGGGUGUCCUUGGAAAACAUGUAUAGAUGAGGGGGUUUUCGUGUAAUUUCACCUUAUUUCAUUUUUCGCCUCUAAAUCUGGAUUGCGUUACUUUUUUUCUUUCCUUCAUUUUCUUCUUAGUGCAUGUCAUUGUAUUUUAAACAAGAAUAGAAUAAUUGUCCCCUUGUUAUGUUCCAAUUUAAGAUAAUUUUGGUACUUUUAAGGGAACACACAUUUAAUGCACUUCAAGUCACAUCAAAAAGCUAGUUUUUAGUAAAAUUAUCCUAUUUCAAAUCAUCAUACUCCUUUGUGGAGGAUAUUUUUGGAAACUUCAAAGAAUUUAUCUUUGCCUUCUUAAAGUUGACAUGUGUUUUUGGACAUCCCAAAAUGGAAAGGUGGACAAAAAAAUGGGACGUAGGGAGUAGUAUGUAUGUAUAGGUUGGUUAAUUUUGUUGAUAUUGUAGGGGUGUGUUGUUGCAUUUCCAAAUGUAAUGAUAACAUCCUUUUAAGAGAAAGAUCAUUAGUGGAGCACAAUAUGAUUAUGUUGCUGGAGUUUUCUAGCUAAUAUCAUAAAUCUGUUCUCUUCAUUUACUAAUGUAAUGAUGUAACUUCUUAUUCCGUAUAUGAGUUGAGUGGGGCCAGUCUUCCUAGUGAUCUUCAUAGUUCACCCAAAAGAAAUCUUUAAGCUUUGGACCUAAGGUUCCUUCUUUCUCUUUUCCUCUCUAAAUGUUUAUGUUUCUUAUAUAAAGACAAAAACUGGCCCCUCGCAUUUUUGUUGUUAGAAUCCUUAAUUCAUGGUUUUGGGAGGAUCCGUGUAGCCUGUUACAGAAUAUGUUCAAAAUGCAGUUCUCUACAUUACAAACUAUUAUUGUUUAGGUCUUUCUUUGGGAUCUUAUUUACUCAGUCAAUUGACUGUUGGUUCUGUUGUUGGGGAAGAUGGAUGUUCGAGGUCAAUAUGGUUGAUCUUUAGUGAUUUAUUGUUCAGGAAAAUUGAUGAAAGUAUACUACAUGGUUGUGGGACAAGGUAGAACUUAUUCUUAUCUGUGGUAUUUGAAAUUAUCUGAAUAUUGGAGAAGUAUAAACUAUGAACAGUUAACUAGCCCACUAAAUUUAGACAUCAUGGGAGUUCCAUUAUUAGGGCCACCAAUAAAAAGGACCUUUUUUGCCUCCUAAUGUCUGAAUUCUAUUCCAUUUUGUUGUAUAGAUUCCAACUUUGUCUACCAGAAUUGUUAGUGACUUGAUUUUCUUUUCUUGUUUCAGCUUUCAUCUAAAUGUGACAAUAGGCUCUUCCGCAUUAGGUUUGAGAUUCCAAAAAUGGGGAGUUAUCCUUUCUUUGAGGCAUUCUUUAGUCCAAUUCGUUGUAUUUUGCGAAAUCGUAGCACACAGAUUUCUUCUGUGAAGUGGAAAAGGUCAAAUUCAAGUGGGUUGGGUGAGGGAUCCUCAGAACUUCUGUACAAUAUUGUACGUGAAGCAAAAUUGAGCCCAUCAUCAAAACGGGUGAAAUUAGGACAAGAAAAUUCAUUUGCAGCUCGCAAGGCUAAUCUCACCAUGGACCGAGCUGAUGACGAAUGCAAUUCUCGUGCCUGGACUGCUAACGAGGACUAUAACGCAUACAGAUCUAGUUUAGAUCGGACACCAGAAAACCAUGAAGAAAUGGACAACUCCCCAUCAGAUUCAGAGAGUAUUGAAGCAAGAAACUCCAAUUUUAAGAGCACAUUAAGCAAUAGGAGUCCAGUUUCAGAUACGGCUAUCUUCAAAUACUGCCUGGGAGGCUUAAAUGAGAGGGCCCUUUUGCUCAAGGAAGUUGCGACAGCAGCUUCUGAAAAAGAACUGGCGGACUUUGCACGGCAAGUUUCCCUAUACUUGGGAUGUUCUCAUCAUGGGCGUCAAGUAAUGCUUGCGAAGAGAUUGGUAGAGGAGGGAACAAAAGCUUGGGAUCUGAUCUCACAAAACAAUCCCCACGUUAUUUGGGAGAAUGUGGUAGCUGAGAUAAAUAACCGUUUCAUGAAGAUUGCAUGCUCCAGCACCAGAUCUUUGACACUGCAGGACUUCGAGAUUCUGAGGAGAAUUGCUGGAUGCCAGGAGUUUGUAGCUCGAGAAAACUUCGAGAAGAUGUGGUGUUGGCUAUACCCUGUAGCUUUUACAUUAUCAGGAGUUUGGGUGAAUGCAAUGUGGAAUUCGGCAUCUCCUAAGUGGAUAGAUGGAUUCAUUACAAAGGAAGAAGCAGAGUCUUCACUUCAAGGUGCAGGGGUCCUUCAAGAGCCUGGAACAUUUGUACUGCGGUUUCCUACUUCAAGGAGCUGGCCCCACCCAGAUGCUGGAAACUUGGUUGCAACUUAUAUUGGUAGUGAUUAUAAUAUUCACCACAGGCUUUUGUCACUUGAUUUCAUUUUCAGUUCUGGAGAAAAGGAAAUGUCUUCGAGACCAUUACAAGAUAUGCUGCUUGCACAGCCUGAGCUCUCGCGUUUGGGCAGGAUUAUUAGAAGUCACUAGUGUUGAUUGGUUCAUAUCUUUGCUUCCCCUUCUAGGAUAAAGGUAACUUGUUUGAGACAUAAGUUUUCUCAUCGGUUCCCUUCAUUAUGCACAAAGUGUUCUCGACAUGGUUAGCAAUUAGCAGAUAGUUGUGAGAAUGUAGAAAGAAAUUUGUAACCUUCUAUGUAGUUAUGUCAAUGCAUAUGGUGCAAGUAGUCUUCUUUAAACCUAAAUUAUAGAUCUCGGCGUGACCUUGAAAUAUAUAAAACAUGGAUUAUCACGCACUGAUCUAAUUGCUGUGGGUCUGUAUAGGUGAGCAUAGACUCUAGGCACACCAUUUAUUCACCUGGGCAUAAUUUAAGAGCCUAUGUGAUGAUCGUGAUUUGCAAAAACUAAAUAAAAGUUCUGAUGAGCCAACAUUACUGACAGCUCAUGUUUGCCGAAAA